AUGUUCUUUUCUCAGAAUAAAAGCUUGAAAAACAAGCUCCUGUCAGGAAACAAGUUAUGUGGAAUCCAUGCUGAAGAGUCCAAAAAGAUCCAAGCCCAAUUGAAGGAGCUGCGUUAUGGGAAAAAGGACUUGAUUUUCAAGGCACAACAGCUAACAGAUUUGGAGCAAAAACUAGCAGUUGCUAAAGAUGAGUUGGAGAAAGCAGCUCUUGACAAGGAGUCCCAGUUGAAAGCUCUGAAGGAGACUGUCCAGCUCUGCCUGACAUCUGUUCUUCGUAGUCAAGCUCCAGCUAUGAGCCUAAUACCAUCCAAGCUAACUGAGAGGAGGCUGCCAUCACCCAGUACAAAUGACUCAAAAGUUCCAGCUGCUGUGACAAGCAAAAAGGCUCAACCGACUGACCUGGGAGACAAAAGGACCCUUCAGGUUGAAUCACGAAAAGAAGAAAAACCAAGCUCCAAGUGUGACUCUCCAAAUGGUGGCAAGAUCUGUGCAGUGAAUCACAACUCUACCAAUGCAAACAACAAGACAACAGAAUCGGAUCCGGUCUUGCAGAAGCUGUACACUCCUCCUCAGACUAAGCUGGAGAUCCCAAAAUCAGAAGAGAAAAACCGGAAGACUUCCAAAGGCAUCGCAAAUACAGAAGAAAAGACACUGUAGGCUUCAGGAAGCUGUGUUCCAAAUGCCCAUUUGCUAGUGUCUUCACAUUAUUUUUAGUCCAAAGGCAUGAAAAAAAUACUAAGUUUCUAGAGCAUGCAUCUUUUCCACUAUUUUAUGUAUGUUUGUAAAGUAGCUGAAAGAAUUUCCAAAAUCCAACAUGCCAUUUACUAUCCUUUAGCAAUAAUCUAUUUGAAAUCGAUAUUCACAGAAAUGCUUUUGUAAUAGAGUCCAGUUUUUUAAGACAUUAUGCUGUCUGGAUCAGUAACUUGCUUAUUAUAAAAUAGUCGGUUUUGUACACUAA